CAGCAUUUACUCCACGAUUAGCAGCAGUUUGGUCCUACCUGACAAACCUCAAACUUGCUCAAUCGAGGUCCCGGGUCUCCUGGAUUACAUGAAUAUUUCACCUCAUAUGACCUUGUCCAACGCCAAGAGAAGUUGCUUGCACGUCCAGGAAUUCUCGCCGCUGCCGAGAAGCUCAUGCCGAAUUUAGCUUCACCAAGUCCACUUGGAGGUCUCAACACACAGGCGUAUACGGAAGAAAUUUUGGCCCAGAGGCUCAGGGACUUCAAAACAGCCUGUUCAGGGCGCGUUACUUUUUUCAGGAAAGAAGUCUACCCACGAGAAGGGUCUCCUUCAGAGCUGGAAGCCUCUUCAAUCUUCAUGACCACUCUUUCGAAACCACCAACGAGAUCUCUUGACUGUGGAGCCAAAUUCUACAACAGAGAAGAGGUAGUUCAGCUCGUAAGGCUGUUGAGGACACUGUGCCAGGCAGCAGUCUCCAACCUGUGUUUCAAAGUUCCGCUCUCACACUCCGUCUUCCAUUAUCCAAAUUGGAUAGUCGAUAUACCUGAGACACUAGAUCGAAUGAAAAGCUACCUAGUCGCUGUGAAUGGAUAUUCUUUCCAUGAGGCGGACGCGGUUGUUGCGAAGUGGGGAGAGCAUAUACUGAAUGAACGAGGGCCACCGAUUGUACGUUGGGGGAAUGACUAUGUAAGGAGGGAAGCAAAUACGCAUCCGUACUUGUAUUGGUUCCUGGAUGAUGUGUGAAGAGUGCUAACAGACCGAUACCCAUUUAUGCUUGCGAAUGGGCUCUCUUGUAUCGAGAAUGCGGUCUUCAUCCAUUAACAUCUUCUUAAAUCAACAACCUGACUUACAUCUCAAAGCAUCGGGUCCUGUGUCAGUCAAUACGCCGUGUAGAACGAAAGCUCGUUUCUCAAAGUUUGUUUCUCAACUAAUUUAAUAUCUCAGUCAUCGCCUUCAAUCGAAUCACGCUGCUGUCAGCUAUUGUGGAACAUCCGGCUCCAGGUUCCUCGAUUAGGAAGCAGUUAAACCGGUUCCAGGACUGAAGGUUUAUCCCAACUCGAC